ACUCUUUUUUCAUUUUUUCCAUAGAAUGGCUACCUCUUUCAACCUUAGCUUCCCACAAUUUUUUCGAGUUAAUUCGAUUUGUUUCCCUCUAAUCGUUGCCCUUCUAUUGCUUUCUAAUCUUCGGAUUAUUACCUCUCCUUCAUUCAACUAUUCUCGAUUUGAUUCAAACUCAAACUUACAUUUCCAGGGUAAUGCUGAAAAUUCCCUAGGUAAAAUAGAGUUCAACUAUGUUUCUCACAAAGAACGUGUUGGUAUCGUUACAUAUGGUGAGAAUGUACGUCUUUGGGAUAAAAGUCUAGGCAAAAUCGCCGAGUUUUCAACACAUUUUACCUUCGUUGUUGACACUUUUAAGGCACCUAGAUACGGGCAUGGGUUCACAUUUUUCAUUGCUCCGGUGGGUUUUAAAAUCCCACCUGGCUCCGACGGUCCAUACCUAGGCCUAUUUAAUCAAACAACAUAUGUAACGUCGAGUACACCAAUAAUAGUAGUCGAGUUUGACUCAUUUCCAAAUGUUUUUGAUCCUAGUGAAAAAGAGCAUGUUGGCAUAAACAUCAAUUCUCUCAAUUCUUCGGCUCAUAGACCAUGGAACGCGAGUAAGCAUAGUAAACAACCUGCUGAUGUUUGGAUCAAUUAUAACGCGACUGCUAAGGUAUUAAACGUGUUUUGGUCUUACAAAAAUGAUCCAAAUAUUAAUAAAGAUUCAAACAUGUCUAUACAAAUCGAUAUUACGAAAGUCCUUCCUGAAUUGGUUAACAUCGGAUUUUCAGCUGGAACUGGGGUAGCUAAGGAGCGACACACUCUCGAAUCAUGGGAAUUCUAUUCUACUUUGAAGUCUGUUGACACUACUAGUGAUGAUCCUAAGGAAAAAAUCGAGUUUACGAAUAAUAACAAUAGUGAUGAUCAUCCCAAGGAUAACAAAUCUAAGGAGCGGAUUAUUAUUAUUGUCGUUGUUGUAUCAUCAUUCGCGUUUGUUGCUAUUUCGGGAGGGAUGCUAGUGUUGUUUGUGCAUCGAAAGAGGAAGGAGGCGAAUAUGAAACAAGACGAGGAAACCUCGUUCAAUGAUGAACUUGAGAGAGGAGUCGGGCCAAGAAGGUUUUCUUAUUCCGAGCUUGAAUCAGCCACCAACAGUUUCUCAAGUGAACAUAAGUUGGGGAAGGGAGGGUUUGGAGCCGUUUACAAGGGCUAUCUUAACGACAUGGAUCUGCCAAUCGCGGUGAAAAAAAUAUCCAGGGGAUCGAAACAGGGGAAAAAAGAGUACAUAGCCGAGGUUAAGAUUAUUAGUAGGCUAAGACAUCGAAACAUUGUACAACUUUUGGGUUGGUGCCAUGAUAAAACUAAGUUGUUACUUGUUUACGAGUUUAUGCCAAAUGGUAGCUUGGAUUGUCACUUAUUUGGUAAGAAGACACCCUUAUCUUGGCCUUUGAGAUACAAAAUAGCUCAAGGGUUAGCUUCAGGGUUGCUUUAUUUGCACGAAGAAUGGGAGCAAUGUGUGGUGCAUCGUGACAUAAAAUCGAGCAAUAUAAUGCUAGAUUCUAAUUUUAAUGUCAAGUUAGGGGAUUUUGGUCUAGCAACGUUGAUGGAACAUGGACGUGUUGCUCAGACAAUAACUCUGGCUGGGACUAUAGGGUACAUAGCACCGGAAUACAUAAGUACACGAAAGGCUAGUAAAGAAUCGGAUGUAUACAGUUUUGGUGUGGUUGCAUUAGAGAUUGCUACCGGAAGGAGGCAAAUGGAUCCAAUUGAUGAAGGGACUAAUAUGAAGGGAUUGAUACAAUGGGUGUGGGAUCUCUAUGGCAAUGGGAGGCUACUUUCGGCGUCUGAUCAAAGGCUUCGUAGGGAAUUCGAUGUUAAACAAGUCGAGUGUUUGAUUUUAGUUGGUUUGUGGUGUGUUCAUCCUGAUUACAAUUAUAGGCCAUCUAUAAAACAAGCUAUUCAAGUGCUUAAUUUUGAGGCUGCUUUGCCUAGUCUUCCUCCGGCGAUGCCUAUUCCAACCUAUCAUGUUCCGGUGCUGCAGUCAUCAGACGGCUCUAGUUGUCCUUCAAUGCUUAGUACAAGCCUUAAAAUUGGUCGUUAGAUUCAUAUAUCCUUACCAUAUUUUUAUUCAUCAUUGUUGAUUUGUUCAUAGAGUUAUAUGAACAUAACAUACGAAUAUUAUUUAGUAAUUUUUUUGUUUUCUGAAUUUGGUUGUUGUAUACAUAAGGCGUUACAUUGUGCGGAUUAAGUUUUUUGAGCGCUUUCCCUAAACAAGGUUAGGAAUUCGCGUAAUUCCCUAAAUGCAGCCACUCUUUUAUAUAUUCCCACUUUACCGUCCACGUCACCGGUUCAGUUGGAAUUUUUUUUGACCAGUUUUUUUACAAAACCGCUACUUCAAGUAGCGAUGUAUUGAAGAAAACCGCUACUUGAAGUAGCGGUAUACUCAAUAAAAACCGCUACUUCAAGUGGCGGUUUAUUAAGUGAAAACAAUUCACAACAAAAACCGCUACUUGAAGUAGCGGUUUUGUUUUUAGAAACCGCUACUUGAAGUAGCGGUUUUCCCUGGACCGGAAAAAAAAAACCCGGUUUUUUUACCCAAUGCUUACGUGGACGGUAGAUUGGGAAAAUGUAAAGAAGUGGCUGUAAUUUGGGAAUUGAGGUUUUUCUUGACAUUAUUUUGGGAAAGAGCUCAAGUUUUUUGUUGCAUACUUUUCUGUGGUUGAACUGGUAAUUGAAUUAACAUGAAAUUGUCCUACUCAUUUUUGAUGUUGAUGCACGCGCGUUAACAUAGUAUAACUUAUUUUGUCUUGAUCUUAAGCUUAACAUAGAAUAGAUUUUGGAGGUUAAUUAAAUAUCUAGAUAAUCUAAGCUAUGGCGGACUUUUGUUAGUCUUUUUUUAAAAGACGAUCAAUCCUGGAGUAACUUUAACAAUUUUAUGGCAGCUUUGAUAAACCAUUAAAGUAGGGUAACCUUUGGCUUUGUUUUUUUUUUUUUGAAAAGAGGGUAACCUUUGGCUUGUAAUGACUUUGAUUGUAUUUUAAUGUUAAUGUGUAUUUUUUAAUAGAUACACGUUAGAAAGGCUAGUAUAUAUAGUUAAUAGUUAAUAGUUAAUCUAAUACAUUAUGACUUUAUGAGUGUUUAAAAGUUGAUUAAUAUUACUUCCUCAAUACUAUUAAUAUUGUAACAAUAAACUUUGCACUAUUCAUCACUCUAA